CAAUUUAUAAAUGAUGGGUGCACUCCAAAGCGCAACUGAAAUUAUUUUUAUGUUCAUAAUUUUGUAUUAGUGAGAAUAUAACUCCAUUUAUUUUAUAGUCAGUAUUUAUCUUUAUGUAUAAUUACUAUUUUAAACUUUAUGAUGAGUUGGUAGUUACCACUCUCCAUGUUGGAAUGUUUCUCUCCAUACUAAACUUUCUGAGGAAGUGCAGAUUAAGAAUGAUGCAGUUGAAUAGGAAUAUUAACAGUUUCAAAAUUGGAACAACUGAGCAUCCUGCUCUCAAUUCUGAAGCCAUCCCUCCGAGAGUGAAUGUUGGAAAGAGGUGGGAAGCAGGCCUCUGUUGAAGGAGGAAGUCUCUAAUCAUCAGGACCUCUGAGGGGUCAACGUGAAGAGAAAUGAGUUUUGCAUUUUGACUUGUGCACUGCAUCUAUCCCUUGACUAGUGAACGUGCUCAGUCGACCCCUCUCUUUAGCCUUUCAGGACAGCAGGUCUUACAGAAUAAUUAGGCAGGUGCAUAUUCUGAGCCCCAGGAGUCUUUGCUACAAACCCAUCCCAUUCCAUCCCCUGCUAGUUUAGCAUUAGCCUUAAGGAGCAACAUCUGCUUAUACACAGGGCACAAGUGUGCUGUUUCUGCAGUUUUUAAGUCAAUACCCUAGAAUAUGGUUCUAAGCCGAGGGUAUAGCCCACCUCCCCAAGGCCAGGCUUGAAUGAAAUGGGAAUGGGAAGUUGCUGGGUUUGUCCUGAGAAUGGCCAGCACAUCUACUCCAAAUGCUCCCCAGGAGGCAAGUCUACUCCUCCCCCCACCCCAAUUUAGUUUCUAGGUUUAGGCCCUUACAGGGGUGUUUGUAAUGCCCCUUUGUCAUUUUCACACACUAGAAUCAUCACAGCUGUAUAUCUGGCUAUCCCCGCCAUUUCCCGGCACUCACACGGUGCAAGGCUGAGCUCCUGGAGGGGCACUUAGCAUAGCAUGUGCUCUGUUUGCUGAGAAAAAGAUGAGCUAAAGCCAAAGGAUGGGAACUAAGGCCCCAGGCCACGAUUGCCCACAUUUCUUUGUGGACAGUAAAUCUUAGAAACAUCCUGGGGGAAGGGGUGUGUGUGUUCAGCACUUGUCUGUGGGGAGGGGUGGGUUGGUUGGGUCUGUUGUUUCGCUCCUGAUAGAGUCUUCUCAAAAACCUCUCGCAGGCUCGGUCCAUGCCACAUCGGUAGCAGCCUCAAGAGUGGAGCAGGCACUGUCAGAAGUGGCUUCGUCUCUGCAGAGCAGCGCCCCUAAGCAGGGCCCGCUACACCCCUGGAUGACACUGGCACAGAUCUGGCUCCACGCAGCUGAAGUCUACAUCGGCAUCGGGAAGCCUGCAGAAGCCACAGCCUGUACCCAGGAAGCUGCCAACCUCUUCCCAAUGUCCCACAACGUCCUCUACAUGCGUGGCCAGAUUGCUGAGCUGCGGGGAAGCGUGGACGAGGCGCGGCGAUGGUAUGAGGAGGCCUUAGCCAUCAGCCCCACCCACGUGAAGAGCAUGCAGCGACUGGCCCUGAUCCUUCACCAGCUGGGCCGCUACAGUCUGGCAGAGAAGAUCCUCCGGGACGCGGUGCAGGUGAACUCGACAGCCCAUGAGGUCUGGAAUGGGCUGGGCGAGGUUCUCCAAGCUCAGGGCAAUGACGCGGCGGCCACCGAGUGCUUCCUGACAGCCUUGGAGCUGGAGGCCAGCAGCCCCGCCGUGCCCUUCACCAUUAUCCCCCGCGUGCUCUGAGCAGGCGCCUGCCAGCCUCACCUGCUGCUUAGGCCUUGGAGGCCCUGCCAGGUGCCAGGGCUCGUCCCAUCACCCCACGGGGAUGAAUCUGCCGCACUGAGGCCACGGACGAGUGUUCGGAUGGGCCACGGUGAACCAAUCAAACCAACCCCGAGUCAUCGCUCUCACCACGUGCGUUUCUCUUGUUUUUUUGCCAGCCCAAUGAUAGUUUCUGAACCUACUGUCAUUGUUCAAAAUGGAUUAUGUGCCAUAUUUUGUUAGUUGACAUCUGAGUUUUAAGUAAAAUGAUUAUGCAAUUAAUCAGCAAGUGUAGAAGAAUAUAUUCAAAGUUAAAAUUCAGUGGCAGAACAGAUUAUUUUUAUCAGAGCUGUAAAGAAAGCAACUGUCUUCUCCCCACAUCCCUCCUGCCCCACCUUGGCCCAGAAACCAAAUGUGAACCAUCCGUUUCCCAUCUCAGCACCAGUCCCCGUCGGGACACCAGCUGACAAGUUCUUGGUUUUACUGUCAAUAAUUGUACCAUGUGAUCAAUUACUGUCCUCACUUAGAACAAAGCCUGAGUCCAAGAAUAUUUAUAUUUUACCAAUAUAUGCCUGUUACAAGAGAAGGAAAUAUGAGUUAUUUAAGUUUAACUUUUUUAUGUGAAUUCAGAGUUUAUUUAUCGAUGGAAAUAUGUACAAAGAAGCUUCAAAUGGAAUAUUUACCGACAUUCCUUAUACAUGACAGACACUUGGUUACAUGGGAAGAUGAUGUUAAUAAUAAAAUGAUUUUUAAAUGGA